UAUAUUCUUUUCUGACCUCAUUUACGUUUUUGUUUGAAUAAUUUUAAUUUAGGCGAUUGUAUAAUAAUUGCAUUUAACGAAAUUACGUUUGUUACAUUGUAAAUAUGCCGCGAAAGUGUUCUAAUAACCCGGACAGUUUUUGAUCUGAAUUGAAAAUGUCAUCACAAUUGGAAUCAAGAUCGACAAAGUUACAAACAUGUAAUAAGUUCGAUACGAGUUGUUAUCUCGUAGUAAAAGUUAUGUGACGGUGCUAACAUCUAUUGAAACUGUAACGGUUAAAUGAUAAACUGUGUAGACUUGGACGAUGCACUUGUCGAGUGAAGUGAGUUCGACGACUAACGGGCUAGGUCAUGAGGCACCGUCGUCGAGCUAUAGCGGUCUGCCAAGUCAGCCACUCACGGCUGAGCUGCUGGCUGAGAGAACCCUGGAAGGGUUACUAGCUGAUCAUCCUGGGGAGUUAGUUAAGACUGGAAGUCCACAUGUUGUUUGCACAGUACUCCCACCACACUGGCGUUCGAAUAAAACGUUGCCUGUGGCAUUCAAAGUGGUGGCACUGGGUGACGUUGGGGACGGCACGCUAGUCACAGUCAGAGCUGGCAAUGAUGAGAAUUGUUCCGCGGAAUUAAGAAAUUGCACAGCGGUCAUGAAAAACCAAGUGGCAAAGUUCAAUGAUUUGAGGUUCGUCGGUAGAAGCGGAAGAGGUAAAUCGUUCACACUAACGAUAAUGUUGGCGACAUCCCCACCACAAGUGGCGACUUAUCAGAAGGCGAUCAAAGUGACUGUGGAUGGGCCCAGGGAGCCUCGAUCAAAGACACGCCAUCAUGGCUUCCAUCCCUUCCACUUCGGGCCGAGGUUCGCGCCUGAUCCUCUCAUGGGGUCUCUACCUUUUAAAUUAUCAGGUAUAGCACAUCAGUUGGCCGGCUUGCCGGGUGGUGAAUGGGGUGCGUUAGCUCGGCAUUAUCCCCCGCCACUGCUACCCACGCAUGCGCACUUCACGCCGCAUGUUCUUCCGCCUACGCACACGCAGUCACAACACGUUCCACCACCACCUAUCGAUACAGAUACAACGUCAGAAAAUCCAAUAACAAUGCUCGCACACAGCACAACGAGUCCUGUGAACUCCCGUCCGAGUUCACCGCAAGACGACGACAUAUCUGUUACCGCUUCGAGCAGCCCACCACCCGACGACCGUCCAGGAGCCUUCACCUCCGUAACUCGAACCAGAAAACCACUGCAACCGCUGCCAGCGCCAUCCAGUCUCUUCCAUAGCGCUUUAGCAGCACAACUAUUUCUUAAUUCACCACUACUUCCAACACCUCCAGCGUGGCUCUAUUCUCAGCUUUAUGGCGGAUAUGAUUGGUGGUUGAGACCACCUGCGCCACAAGAAGAUUCCAAUUCGAGCCCUGACAGAGAGGAGGAAGGGUCAACGCCCUCAGGCACAGGAAAGAAAAGACCGGCGUCUCCAGAAUGGACCGAUCAAGGAGUUAGGACUCGCAGUAAAUCUCUUAUUACCUCAGAUAGACGACCAGUGGAUGUUUGGCGUCCUUAUUAAUCGAAUUUAAAUAGAUAUUUGUCGGCUAUUACGAGUCUUUACAAGUAAUAUGUGCAGAUGAGUAAUAUUCAGAGAGUAUAUCAGAAUGACAUUUACUCUACGGGAAAAAUUCUUUUUAUGUAUGCUUUGUAAGCUCAGGUCUCUAAGUUCGACAGGAAAUAAUUCUCAGUUGUGCAACUACACGGCUUCCACAAAAGGAAAUUUUGUCCACGAAUAAAUUUAACCAUCGUUUGUGCAGAUCUGAAUUGUGGCAAGGACACAUUUUUUGGUGUUUCGCUUGUUUACCGUCCGAUUGUGUGAAAUGGACACGUUUGUGAAAAUGGACGAGUUAGUGUUAGUGUCGUAUAAAACUUGGCCAGUGCGGCUUUUAAUACCGUUUAAAAAAAUAUCCAACUUUGACGUACCGAAUUGUCUCUGAAGUUGCCCGCUCUGAAAGAUGUUAAUAGAUGUUAAUGCGUCCAUCGAUCAUUUUAAUGUUGGAUUGCUAGUACGAUUGUUGUGUGGUCCACGUUUUAUGUCAAAAACGAAUUCGAUAACAUAGCGUUUAUUGUCGAUAGGUGUUUUUACGUUAGUUAAAUGAAUGUGAAUCUCAAAUGGUAAUGUUUAAAGAAAUUGUUGACUGUAUUAUAAGAUAAUGCAAAAUCUGUAAAUAAAGUUAUCGAU